CGCCGCUCCUCCGCCCCGACGGCGCGGCGGACGCCCUCGCAGGCACGUGCAGCGCGAGCGUCAGGCCGCUGGUCGCGCGGCCGUGAGCGGCACGAUGGCGUCGUCGCCCGGCAGCGUGAGCGUAGAACCGCGAGUGGCCCAGCCAACCAGCGAGAGCCUGUCACGACGCGCCUCCGCCCCCUCCACCAGCAGCAGCGCCCGGCUCUCCCCCGCGUGCUCCACCGUCAGCCGCUUGGCGGCCAGGCCGGCCGCGGCGGCGGCCGCGCUCGCGGCCGCUGGCGGCCCCUUCAUCGGAGGGCCGCGGCUCCCUGAUCGUCGGAACAUGUCUCGAUCUUUCUAUAUCGCGUGUAGGCCUCCCGAGCCAGAACCCCUCGAGUCAUGGAAGAUGUGUAUGCUAGUUGUCCCUGUUCUGCGUGGAGGCGGAGCGAGCCUACCGUGGGCUGCCGGGAGGGCUGCUCGGGCGAGUCGAGCCCGAGCCAAAAUGGCUACACGGGCCCCCUGCCGCCGCCACCAGGGAAGAAGCAGGAGGCUGGGCCGGGGGACGGGAGGCG